GUUAAUUCAUCGUCAGAUAUCAGACAUGGCUGGAAAUCGCUUGAAGGGCAAGGUUGCCAUUGUAACUGGUGGCGCAUCCGGUUUCGGCGCGGCAACGGCACAGCUGUUUGCUACAGAAGGUGCAUCUGUUGUAAUCGCCGACCUCAACGACACCGACGGCCAGAAGAUUGCUGCGGCAAACCCGGAGAAGAUUGUGUACCAGAAUGCCAACAUCGCGAAACAAGAGGGCUGGGCUAAGCUCCUGGAGACGGUGAGCCAGAGGUUCGGCCGCCUUGAUAUCGUCGUCAACAAUGCCGGCACGAGCUACGCAAACAAGCCAACCUUGGAGGUGACGGAGGAGGAGUUCGAUGUCACCAUGACCGUCAACGUCAAGAGCAUCUUCUGGAGCAUCAAAGAGUGCGUGCCAGUUAUGUUGGAGUCUGGACCUGGAGGCUGUUUCGUCAAUGUUGCGUCGAUUGGCGCAACGAGACCCCGGCCGGGUUUGGUGUGGUAUGCUGUUAGCAAGGGUGCCGUCGCAAACGCAACGAAAGGUCUCGCAGCUGAAUUUGCUCCCAAGGGCAUCCGCGUCAACUCAGUAUGCCCCCUCCUAUCAGGAACGGGACUGUGGGAAAAGUUCACCGGCAUAGCGGAUACCCCCGAGAACCGUAAGAAAUUCAUCAGUGACGUGCCGAUGGGGCGCCUGACCGACCCCAAGGAUGUUGCGAAUGCCAUUCUUUUCCUCGCCAGCGACGAGGCCUCCUUUAUCGUUGGUGUGAACAUGGAAGUCGAUGGCGGGAAAACAAUUUGA